AUGCAUAUGGUAGCAUACAAGGCUACGGAUAAUCUGAAUAAUGUUGUCAGUCAGGAAAAGUCUAAAAGGUCGAUGCUUACAGAGUACUUCUACAUGAACCGUGCGGACCCUUUGGCACGACAAUGCUUAUACAGAGAAUUUCCUGAACACUUCCGGUGGCUCAAGGGUACCAAGCGCUGGCAGAGAAGAGUUAAGAGGCCACAGAUUGGAAGAAUUGUGUAUGCAAACCCUGCCGAAGGGGAGAGAGAAGCAUGCGAGGCUAUAGGACUCGUAGAGACUGAUAAAUCCCUUGAUGAUUGCUUGACUGAGUCCGCGACCUUCCAGAUGCCUUGUGCUCUAAGAAGGCUUUUCGCAACAAUUAUAGUGUUUUGCGAGGCGACCAAUAUACGCGCCUUGUAUGAUAAGCAUUUUCAGUCAUUGUCUGAAGAUUACCAUCGCACCUACACUAAUGCUGGAACUGUUGAGCAAUUGGUGUUGAGAGACAUUGGGUAUAUUGUACAUUCCAUGGGUAAGGACAUUAGGAGCUAUGGCCUUCCCGAUCUGGAUGAAUCAGAUGAAAGUUCUGGCGACUACGUGAGAGAGGUGAUUGAGGAGAUGUCAGUGGGUGUGGACCAAGAACAUCUACAUAUUAUAGAUACUCUAAACAUGGAGCAGCGGGUAGCGUUCGAUGAAAUCAUGGAUCAUGUGGUCAACAGAAGGGGCAAUGUUUUCUUUGUCGAUGGUCCUGGAGGCACAGGGAAGACCUACUUGUACAAGGCAUUGCUUGCUAAGGUGCGCUCACUGGAACUAAUAGCAAUUGCAACUGCAACAUCUGGUAUAGCAGCGUCGAUCAUGCCCGGUGGACGCACUGCUCACUCAAGGUUUAAGAUCCCCAUCAAGCUUUCUGUUGACGGCAUGUGUAAUUUCACAAAACAGAGUGGUACCGCAGAGUUGCUUCGUAGGGCUUCGUUGAUAAUUUGGGACGAAGUUGCCAUGACAAAACGACAAGCUGUUGAGGCACUUGAUAGAUCACUACAAGAUAUAAUAGGAUGUUCUUUGCCGUUUGGUGGAAAGGUUAUGGUCUUUGGUGGAGAUUUUAGGCAGGUACUUCCUGUGGUGACGCGUGGUACAAGAGCACAGAUUACUGAUGCUACACUACAAAGAUCAUAUAUAUGGGAUAAUAUAGUGAAGAUACACCUCACUCGCAAUAUGAGGGAACAAAGUGACCCAUGGUUCUCGGAAUACCUCCUUAGAAUUGGCAAUGGCACUGAAAAGACCAUAUGUGAUGACUAUGUACGCCUCCCAGAUGAUAUUGUGAUAAGUUACAACACUGAAAACCCAGAUGAAUCAGUUGAUAGACUCAUUCAGUUUGUGUUUCCGGAUCUUCAUAAAAAUGCUACAUCAGCGUCUUAUACGAGCACGCGUGCUAUUCUAUCAACAAAGAAUGAUCAUGUGGAUGAGCUGAAUGCAAGGUUGAUUGAGAAGUUUCUAGGCAAAGAGAUGACGUACUAUAGCUACGAUUCUGUUGAUGAUGAUUCAUGCAACAACUACCCACUCGACUUUCUGAAUUCCAUCACACCAAAUGGUUUGCCCCCACAUAUGCUCAAGGUCAAAAUCAAUUGCCCGGUGAUCUUGCUUCGGAAUCUUGAUCCUCACAAUGGCUUGUGCAAUGGAACAAGGCUAAUGGUUAGAGCUUUCCAAAAAAAUGUAAUUGAUGCUGAGAUUAUUGGUGGUCAACAUGCUGGAAAAAGAGUUUUCAUACCUAGGAUCCCUCUAUGCCCCUCGGAGGACAUUUCACUUCCGUUCAAGUUUAAGCGGAAACAAUUUCCAGUUCGUCUUAGCUUUGCAAUGACCAUAAACAAAGCACAGGGCCAAACUAUCCCAAAUGUUGGUAUUUACCUUCCUGAGCCGGUGUUCUCGCAUGGCCAACUUUACGUUGCAUUGUUAAGGGGUGUGUCAAGACAGGCGACUCGGAUCCUGGCGAAGCCUAAUGAAGAAAUAGAUGCUACUGGGAGAAUGGGAGAAGCAGCAAAAACAUUGUUUACAGAGAUGUAUUGA